AUGGCGGGACUAAAUGGCUAUACCGUUACUCCCCAUCAUCGUCAGAACAGGCGGAGAGAGAGGCCUGGGUCUAGGAGUCGUGGGACUAUCACUCGCAGGUCGCACAUCCAGCUAGAGUGCUCCGAGGGAUUGCUUGUUGCGUAUGACACGAGUGUUCCUCUCCCAUCCGAUAGAACCAAGCCCUCGCCUCUCCUCCGCGAGAGCUUUCACCAGAGUUGGCAGCGAUGGAAAGAUAGAGAGGCCGAGGAGAUGGCAGUUGCCGAGUUGGACCGACUGCAACUCGAGCAAGAGCAGCAGAGAUUAUACGGUGGAGAUCCCUCAGACGACGAGCUCUAUCGAUUGGGGAUCCUGUAUGAUAAUGUCGAGGACACUACGCAAGACAAAUCUGUCGUGUGCGAAGUGCCCCUUGAACAGCCAUCUCCACUCUUCACAUUGAGGUAUCGCAAAUCGAGUCGCAACUCGAGGCGCAAUCGUCGGCGCUCCCAGCGGUCCUCACUUCCACUCUAUCUUUCCCUGUCGAAUCUGAAAGAUGAUGCCGAUAUUGUGCGACUCUUGUCUCCUUCAACCUCAACAACGGCCACGAAGCCUCCGAUCCAACAUCGCGCCGUGCCAGCAACUCCACCCCCAAUUUCCUUGGAUAUCCCCCAGUCCUUACCGGUAGCAGCUGUCCCGGCGUUAGAGGAGUCUAUUCAUUCAUCAGUACCACAUUUCCUUGACAACACUUCCAUUCUUCCAACACCCCACGAGAAUCAUGUUAGCGACUGGGAAUUCAUAAUGAUCAACAACGACGCAACCCUACAGACAACCACCCCAUCAUCCGAACCGGAGACGUGGAUCCUCCUGGGCGACGACUUGUAG